GAGGGAGAGCAGAGGAACAGAGAGAGGGGGAGAGGAGGAGAGGAGGAGAGAGCAGAGACCAGCAGCUUGUCUGCCUCGAUCCGCCGCCUCCUGGAUCUCCCUGAGCACAGCUGCCGGGCAGCUGCAGACUUGUGAGUGGAUCCUCUUGCUCAGUGACUGCAUGACAAGAGCGCCCGAGUGCGUAGAGCACGGCAGAGUUCCCCGGCGGCUAUGCUCAGGUCUGAGCUCAACAGCACUGGCUAUACUGCUGCCACACGAGGGAAGAUUUGAACGGCUUCGCUCUGGACUUGACUCACCACCCAUGAUCCCCAGCCAACUCUGGCAUACCCUCUCAUUAAGAUGGGAAAUGCCUCCGAAACAUUUCUGCUCGAGUCCAGAAUAUCAAAAGACAAUGACUUCCUCAUGGGAACCCUCUACACCAUUUUUGGUGUGCUGUCAGUGCUGGGGAACGGGAUCCUGCUGGUUGUGGCCUAUAGAAAGAAGUCCUCCUUGAAGCCUGCAGAGUUCUUUGUGGUUAAUCUGGCCAUCAGUGACCUGGGAAUGACCACAACCCUGUUUCCACUGGCAAUUCCUUCAGCUUACGCUCAUAUGUGGUUGUUCAAUAAGACAAUCUGUAUUGCCUACGCCUUCUGCGGCGUUUUGUUUGGCCUGUGCAGUCUGACCAACCUGACCGUGCUCUCCUGCGUCUGCUGGCUCAAGGUCUGCUGCCCAAACUACGGUAACAAGUUCUCGUACUGUCACGCCUGCCUGCUGGUCGCCUGCGUCUGGUGCUACGCCGGGGUCUUUGCCCUUGGUCCGCUGUCAGGAUGGGGGGAGUACGGGCCCGAGCCUUACGGUACGGCCUGCUGCAUCGACUGGCACGCGCCCAGUCAGAACUCGGCAGCCAUGAGCUACAUCGUAUGCCUCUUCUUCUUCUGCUACAUCAUGCCGUGCACCGUAAUCUUCCUGUCGUACACGUUCAUCCUGCUGACUGUCCGGGGCUCUCGCCAGGCCGUGCAGCAGCACAUGUCGCCCCAGAACAAGAUCACCAAUGCACACGCACUCAUCGUUAAGCUCUCCGUGGCAGUUUGCAUCGGCUUCCUGACCGCAUGGAGCCCAUACGCUAUCGUGUCCAUGUGGGCAGCGUUCGGUAACCCAACAACUGUGCCACCCAUGGCUUUCGCCCUGGCAGCUAUCUUUGCCAAGUCCUCCACCCUUUACAACCCCAUUGUCUACCUGGUCUUCAAGCCCAAUUUCCGGAAGUUUCUGUGUCGGGACGUGGCCCUGUGCAGAAGGACACUCUGUGGAUAUGUGUGCCAGCACAGUCCUGCGCAGAAGGGAACUUGCAGGCAAUCUCACCACAACGAGGAGUGCAACUCUACGAGGCUGUCCAACGGGCUUCCGGAGAACCACCGGACCUGCAAACACUGCCCCUGUCCCGAAACGGUCGCCGGCAACAGAGACAACUUCGCAGACUACAGCCCCCAGCAGACUGCCAGGAUACUGAAAGGAUCGCAGCACAGCGAGGUGGCUGUCAGUCAGCUCUCCAACGAGCUGCAGAGUGACUUCCUCUAGAGAAAACAGACAGCCAGACGAUGAACGGGAGACAAAAGCAAAGAGUGGAAGGAAACAAUGACGAGAGG